AUGCAGUGCUUUGAAUGGCGGCUCUAUCAGCACUGUGUUCACAACAAAGUGAUCGACAGAGUCAAUAUUCUUCGGGAAGCAGAGCAUCUUCGGACGACAAUUUACAGCGAUCACAAGACUCUGAAAAAGAUGCGACUUGGACAACAACAGAAGUGGUACUUGGAGUUUCGCAACAACUUCGACUUGCGAGAAUUCGACGAAGAAGAGCGACAGUCAAUCUGCGAGAAACUCCUGAACAAAUCGACCAAGUGCUGCUGCCAUGUGAAUGGAAAUCCCUUCCAACAGACAGAUGAAGACGAAGAUGUGAAGACAGAAGAUACCGACGAUGAAAUUAUUGAUCUGUAA